CGAACCGGCCGGGCGCUGCUGGGUGUAGCGGGGUGCGCAGCGUGCGGCGGGACGCGAGCGGGCUUGCCGGCGGCAGAUAGCCGCCCAGCGCCAAGAUGGCGUCCAUGCUGCUACAGAGCUGCGGCCGGCGGGCCUGGCGCCUGCCCCGCGCUCUGCGCCGCCAGGCCCCGCAGGGUAACUUGGGAGAUCGGGCUUGUCUUAGUUGUUCAUCCCUGAGGUUGGCAAACAAAAUGACUGUACACUUUAAAUAUUGCACUGGUGUUGCUCCUGUUUACACAUACUCCAAAAAAGAUCACUGCUGCUGGUGGACUAAAGCAUCGGAACGAACGUAUUUUACUCUUAUGAGCUCUUCUGGCUCAUGGAUGCCCCUGGCAGCCAUGGGUGUUUUAGGACCCAAGUAUCUUCCGGUUAGGUGGUGGCAUUCUUCACGUUCUCUUCAAGAUGACUCCAUAGUUGAAAAGUCCCUGAAGUCCUUAAAGGACAAAAACAAGAAGCUGGAAGAAGGAGGUCCGGUAUAUAGUCCAACAGAAGUGGAAGUUGUGAAAAAAUCUAUUGGACAGAGGAUUGUGGAUGAGCUAAAGCACUACUACCAUGGUUUUCGAUUACUCUGGAUUGACACAAAAAUAGCUGCAAGGAUGCUCUGGCGAAUACUGCAUGGAAAUACUCUGUCACGUCGAGAACGGAGACAGUUUCUUCGGAUAUGUGCUGAUCUCUUCCGCUUGGUUCCUUUUCUCGUGUUUCUCGUUGUCCCAUUUAUGGAGUUUCUGCUUCCAGUAGCUCUAAAGUUGUUCCCUAAUAUGCUUCCCUCUACGUUUGAGACAAAGUCUAAGAAGGAGGAAAGAUUAAAGAAACAACUGAGAGUGAAGCUUGAAUUAGCUAAAUUCCUUCAAGAUACAAUUGAGGAGAUGGCCUUAAAAAAUAAAGCAGCUAAAGGAAACGUUACAAAAGAUUUUUCAACAUUCUUUCAAAAGAUCAGGGAGACUGGGGAAAGACCCAGUAAUGAGGAAAUCCUGAGGUUCUCGAAACUAUUUGAAGAUGAGUUGACUCUGGACAAUCUAACCAGGCCUCAGUUGGUGGCACUUUGUAAAUUGCUGGAACUUCAGUCAAUUGGGACAAAUAACUUUCUCCGCUUCCAGCUGACGAUGAGGUUGAGAAGUAUAAAAGCAGACGACAAAAUGAUUGCUGAAGAAGGAGUUGAUACCCUGACCGUUAAAGAACUGCAGGCAGCGUGUCGUGCACGAGGGAUGAGAGCCCUUGGUGUGACAGAGGAGCGUCUCAAGGAACAGCUUAAACAGUGGCUAGAUCUGCACUUGAACCAGGAAAUCCCUACUUCAUUGCUCAUUUUGUCCAGGGCCAUGUAUCUUCCAGACACACUUUCUCCAGCUGAUCAGCUCAAAACAACACUUCAGACACUACCAGAGAGUGUUGCCAAAGAGGCUCAAGUCAAAGUGGCAGAAGUUGAAGGUGAAAAAGUAGAUAACAAAGCACGACUGGAGGCAACGCUUCAGGAGGAAGAAGCCAUCAGAAAAGAAAAUGAGGAAAAAGAGAUGGAAAGAAUAUCUGAAGCUGCAGAGAAAGCCAAAGAAACUCUUCAGGUUGCAGCUGUGAAAGAAGUGGAGUUGGCAGUAGAUCUUGAACCAGCUGUUCUGCAAGUUAAAGAAAGUCAGGUGGCUAUGGACAGCAAGCAAGAGCUGGCAAAAGCAGAUACGGAAACGUUGAAAGAUACAGCACCCAUACUGGAAGGCAUUAAGGGUGAGGAAAUAACUAAGGAGGAGAUUGACAUGCUGAGUGAUGCUUGUAACAAGCUGCAGGAACAGAAGAAAUCGCUAACAAAGGAAAAGGAGGAGCUUGAGGAACUGAAGGGUGACAUCCAGGAAUAUAACGAGGAUUUGCAAGAAAUAAAGGAGCUUUCUAAAGCUGGCCAGGAAGAAGUAGUGGAAGAAUCAAAGGCGAGCAAGCGACUGACCAAAAGAGUGAACCGGAUGAUUGGUCAGAUAGACAAAAUUAUUAAUGAGUUAGAGACCAAUCAAAAGACAGUGGAUGUAAAGCUUGAUAGAGGUGAUAGUCCUCCUGCUGCUGGGGAGAAUCUCAUCAGUAUUGCUGAGUUAAUUAAUGCAAUGAAACAAAUCCAGAAGAUUCCAGAGGAGAAACUAACGAGGAUUGCAGAGGCAUUAGAUGAAAACAAAGAUGGCAAAAUUGAUAUAGAUAAUGUUGUUAAGGUAGUAGAAUUGAUAGACAAAGAAGAUGUUGAUAUUGGCACCAGCCAGGUUGCUGAGAUUAUGGCACUGCUUCAAAAAGAAGAAAAACUGGAAGAAAAGGAGAAGGCAAAGGAAAAGCAUGAUAAAGAAGCUGCAGAAGUAAAGAAUUAAGCUUCAGAAUCUGAAGCAAAGCCCAACUGUAACCAAAAUUGUAUAUCUUUGUGUCUAAUGGCUACAUAUUACUGGAGCUUUUGUGAUUAUGGAAAGUGUUUUGAGCUGAUACUAGUAAUAAAUUAUAGAUACGUUUUCUGACAUAUGGAAUGAAAUUUUUGUUCAUCAAAGAAGUGAUUUAUUGUCAUUCCAUACAGAUGAAAACAAAAUAUGCUGCUUCAGCAGUGUUCCUGCCCAUGAAAUCAUGUUGUAUUUGCACUCGUUGUGGUACAGUGAUCCAAAAUAUUUCUAAUUUAUUUACUUCCAUCGUUACGUGGGGCCCAACCUUGCUCUGCUUCUACCUUCUAGCUUUUGCAGAAUUUAAUACAAAUUUUCCCUUCUGUCCCAGUAUCACUUUUUUUUUUUGUAACCUGUUAGUGAAGAUUCUGUGGCUUCAGUAGUAGCUCUUCAGGUUGAGCUUUAUUUAAGCUGAAUAUCACCAAGCCGUUGCCUCAGUGACAGAGAAUGUGACAUUCUAAUCACUUACAAAUUUGUUUUCUUUUCUUUUGAAGGGAAAAUAGGAUUAGUUUUUCCCUAGAACUGAAACUUCCCAUGAAGUUUGCUUCUUACGGGUGCCUUAAAUUAAGAUCAGGGAGUAGAACAUCUCACUUCUACUCAGAGUUCCAUGAAUUACUAAAGCAUUGGAAUCACAGGAGCCUUUCAAGUAGUUCCAGAACAGAUAAUGUAUUUGUCUAAACAGCAAAAUGAAAUUAACUGUAAGGGGAAAAUGUCAGUUGUGAUCUCGUCACAUAUAUUUUUUUAAGAAAUGCAGUUAUGGAGGCAUGUUUGUUGUUAUUCAUGUGGCAGUUAUUUACUCCAUAACUAGUUCUUACCUCUCAGUUGUCAUCUCAGGUGUAACAUCUCUAACCAAGUAAUUCAGAGUACUUAAAUGCUUUCAUCUGACCAUGCAGUCAGCAAGUGAUGUCUGAAAUUGGCAGUGUUUUGAUUACAAUUUUGGCUUUCUAAUUAAUUGAUUGAGUCUUUUGACUCGGGUCAAAGUUUACUUAUUAAUGUCUGUCCUUAGUGGUUAUUUUUUAAGAUUUAAAAUUAAUAUGCCACCUGUAGGAUGUUCAUAAUUCCUGAUAGCCUGAAUUUCCCUGAUUCUUACAGUUUGUGAUAAAAUACAAGAGGUGUGACUUGACCCCACAGUUUUAUUGUUUGUUUUUUUUUCCAUUUUGCAUCCAGUUAAAUUACAUUAACAUUCUUGAUCUUGUGUACAUUGUAGAAAACACAUCUUAUGGUUAUGCUGUUCACAGCAAUAUUGAGGAGGGCAGUUUGUAAUUAGUGCUUUUGAUAGCGGUUGUGUAUUUUCAUAGAAAGUAUUGACUCCCAGGUGUAUUUCAGCAUAACUCUACAUAUAGUAUUUAUCUAGUUUGGCUAAAUUAUUUGUAAAAAUGCAUUUGAAGUUGGUGGAACAAAAAAUAUUUGGACAGUCUCAGGGCCUUGCAUAGUCAUGGAAUCAUAGAAUGGCUUGAGUUGGAAGGGACCUCAGACCAUCCAGUUCCAACCUCCUGCCGUGGACUCUUCGUCCCCCACCAGAUCAGGCUGGCCAAUACCCCAUCCAACCUCUGGCCUUGAACGGAGUUUGCUUUGGAUUUGGCAAUAAUUCCUUAAUGGUAUUGUAAAAUCCAGAGUAGCAGACUAUUUUAGACAAGUAGAAGACUUGGUACGCAGUGACUUCCUGUACUGAAAUGCCAAACAUUUGGUACAGUUCAGGAAGUCCAUCUGCUGUGGCAGUUUCAACAGUACAGUCACCAAGUCCCUGGAGCUGUUGCUCAGCAGCAUCUUUCACAUGACUGCCGGUAACAAAGUUUGCUCAAAGUCUAAUGGAUGUUCUAAACACUGGGAUGUUACUCUUGUGGCUGUAGCAGAAGCCAGGUUUGACAAAAACUUUAUCCAGUGCUGUUUAUCCACUUUGGACAUGAGAAUUCCAUUUCUUUAAAAGCAACAUUUAGGUGCCUGUAUUUGAAAAUACUGAAUAACAUAUGACAAAUGGCCAUGCCAGAAGCUGAAAAAUCCUUGCUCCCUGAAGACGCACAAAAAGCAGUGGAUUUGUGCCCUUGCACUGCUGAUCUACCUGGGUCUGUUUGGACAAGGCAGUAGCAACUCCAUCUGCUCCAUGGGCACCAUGGCCAUCUUGGAGAUAAUGGACCAUUGUAUUUAGUUAUUUCCAAAACAGGAUGUACAGUAGUAUGUAUAAUACAACUCUAGAGAGCAGGGUCAGUGUUUAAAUGUCUUAGAUUAAUAUUCUGUACAUUUUGGAAGGUUGCUUACAGUAAGUGAUGUGACUGAUCUUCCUAAGAAUUACUGUAAUUAUAGAAUCAUAGAAUAGUUUGAGUUGGAAGGGACCUUUAGAGGCUGUCUUAUCCAACUCCUCUACACUGAUCAGAAACAGCUACAGCUUGACCAGGUGCUCAGAGCCCCGUCCAGCCUGAUCUUGAGUGUCUCUGGGGAUGGGGUAUCCACCAUCUCUCUGGGCAGCCUUUGCCAGUGCUUCACUCCCUUUGUGGGAAAAAAAAAAGUGCCACAUUUUCUUCAAUCUAAACCUCUCCUCUUUUAGUUUGAAGCCACUUCCCUUUGUCCUGUCACAACAGAUCCUAAUAGUUUGUCCCCUUCUUACUGCCCUCAUUUAGAUAAUGUAAGUGCUGCUAUCAGAUGUCCCUGGAGCCUCUCCAAGCUGAAGAGUCCCAGCUCACUCUGUUGUCUCUUAGGGGAGGUGUUCCAUCCCUUGAAACAUCAUUAUUUUGUGUAAAAUUGCUUUGACAAAGCUGACAUUUCAAUCUGAUACAAGCUUUUCAAUUAAUGUACCCCUAAACAAACAAGGUAUUCUAUUUCUUAUAAAAUGGCAUUUACUUGGAGAUUUCAACGUGAAAGGUAGUUUGUGAAUUUUGAAGAUUGCAUUUCACUAGGUGCAAUUUUUCGUGGCUGAAAACCCAUGAAGAAAAUUAAUGUCACAAUACAGUUUUAAAACUUCUAAAUUCUGUAAGUCAACAAACUGGAAUUAAUGAACUUUGAAAUACACUAAAUUUUCCAUUUGCAUAUUUUCCAUUUCCAAGCAGCAUGUAACAAUCUUACUUAACAUUCCUGAAAUGUCAUCAAGUUAUUCUGACUAGAAUGGUCUGCUAGCUUUCAUGCGGUAGCAAAUGCUGAAGAAUGGUGUGGACUUGAAUGCACACCAGUUUAUACAGAGAAGUAGCAGAACAAGCUGUUUUCAAAGCUUUACGAAUUCAAGUUUCAUGCAGCUUUAAUUCACCUGACAUCUUAUCUGAAUGCAGUGUUUCAGGAGCUUAGGAGGCCUGGUUGCUUGUCUUGUCUUGUGUUUGCCGUUCACUUAAAUUUUUUGUGGAUUAAAUAAGGAGGGAGCCAUAAGUAGCCAAUUCUUUUGUAAAGAAUGUACAGGUUAAAAUAAUUGCAGUAUGCUUAUUGAACAUUUUUAGCUUUUGGACUGGUUUGAAAUUUGGCAUGCUGUGAAAUUUUAAUUGUUCACAGAAUAUCCAUUUAAAUGCACUGUUUUCAGAAACUAAAGUCAGUUUUCCCGUUACUUAAAGGGUUGAAGUGAUGUGCACAUCAAUCAUAGUGAGGCAUUUUGCAGGCAAUCUCUCUGAUGUUGCAAGUAGGCAAACCCAAUGACAUCAAGACUUUUGCAAGCUUAAAAAGCUUAGGAAGCCCUUGGUGACUGAUGCUUACCUGGUUUUGAACCUUAACAAACAGCUCUGUACGGGUGAGUCAGGCAAUGUGAGCAUGUCGGUGGCUGGUGGACUGGCUUCAGGUAACCUGCUUUGUCUUUCAUGUUGACCAAAAACCCACAGUAGCCACAGUACUUUCAGAGAAAGGAUGACUUCCAAGUGUACAGUAACUGGUCAGAACUUAUUCCUGAAUGAAUAUUUAGUCAGGAGAUGUAAAUAUUUGUUUAAAUAAUUAAAAGAUGUAUGAGAUUUGUGUGACGUUGUGACUUACACGGGCAAAGCCUCUAAGCUCAGAGUUGGGUUAUCAGUAAAGCCGUUGUUGGAGUUGUUUGAGAUUCUGUGGGGUCAAAGUUUGAUUAAAAUCUACCCAAAGGGGGAAACUAAAAAAUAAUUUAAAAAUAAUAUGAAAAGCUUAAAACAGCAGUGGGAGGGAAGUAAAGUAUGAUUUCUUCCCCAUCAAAACAGGUUAUAGGACCCAUUGUAUUGAAGUGUUUAUUUCCAACUUAUAAGAUGGUUUUUACUGCGAUUUGAGUAAGUCUGCCUGCAAGUUAAGUACCAGAAAACCAAUUUAAUAGGUGGUUUGUCAGCAGGACUGCAUGCAGAUUGAGAAUGCUCUCUUGACAAGAUGGUGUAUUGCACUAUAGGCUUUGUCUGGGAGAAGAAGCUGUACCUUUUAUACAACUCCAAAAUACUUCUUGAACUUUUUAUCUGCAUAUCUUGCUCAUCAUUUGAACUCUAGCUUCUUCAGCAUGUAUUUAAAUCCUUUCAAAUUGUUUAUAUGAAAUUAUUGGGUAUAUUUAAUUAAAAGAAUGAUCCAAUAUUCUGUUAUUCUGUAUGUAUUCAAACGUUUACUUUUUGGUUUAAGAAUUUCAGCCCAUGUUAAAAAUUGUCUGUGCUCUGAGCAUACUGGUCCUGUGUUUGCCAUAAUGCAAUAUAUGAUUUUUAAGUUAAUUGGAGCUUGUAUCCUUUGUUUAGUUUUAAUAAAUGUAUCAUUUUGAA